AUACUUAAGGAACAAUAAACAUUUCCGACAUCAAUAGCUAUUGAGCUGAAGAUGGAUGAGGGAAUCAAACCUUAAGGACGUCGCCGAGGAAGCCAUUAUCCUCAGAUCUUGCGGUACGGAAUACCAACAAUGCAUUUCAGACAAUCCUGGUACAUACGCCCUACAAACGACGGAAAGCUACCCACCGGGAAUGAAUCCUUCGGUUCCGAGUGCCAGUGAUUAAUACUGAAGUACGGUACCCAGGGCGGGAAUUCCAUAUAGUACUGCUAUUUAUACUUGCUUGACCCAGAUCGGCCUUGACGAUGCUUCCAUCCUUGGUGGACCGUCGUCGAGAUUUGGCUACACCAUCUUCAAUGGAUGGACUCCUUGAUCCUGUCCCGUGAGCUGGGAAGCAUUGACCCGUCGUUGCUUCGCCGCUAUUUCACAAACCGGCAGAUCUAUGCCUUGCAACGCUCCCUUACCACCUUUGACGACGGUCACGGAGUUCCUGUUCUUGCGGAGCUGCCAAAGCUUCCUUCUAGUGGAGUGAAUGCUCUGGCCGUGGAUGGAGGAGAAGGGCGGUUGCUCCUAUCAGGCUCUGCAGAUGGCAGCGUGAGGAUAUGGGAUCUCGCGCAGACCUCACCUUCUGAUCUCGCUCCCCGCCUCCAUCCAACUGCGACUCUUCGAGGCACCCCUCAGGUCAAAGUUCACUCCCGAGUACCGAAUCCGUCGAAAGCGAUAGCUCAUACGGCCGGUAUCACAUAUAUAUCGUUCUAUCCGUUUGACCCGAAUGCACUGCUGUCCGCAGGUUACGACCAUCGGCUGCUCCUCUGUUCAACCGAUCCCUUGUCGCCGGUCGUAUCGUUCUCUCUGUCGGCGCCUAUUCACACUGCGGCUCUGUCGCCCAUAGCCUCCCAUCUUCUAUGCGCUGCGGGAACGGCUGACCCAUAUGUGCGAUUGGUGGAUCUGAAGAGUGGCUCCAGCAGUCACAGCCUUUCCGGGCACCACGGCGCGGUACUUGCUGUGGCAUGGAGCCCCAUAAGAGAAUGGGUCCUCGCAUCUGGGGGCGUUGAUGGAACCGUCCGACUCUGGGAUAUCCGGAGAAGCUCGUCUUGCGUCGGCCUGCUUGAUGCGGGGGACACUCGGGGUAUAAUUGGCCGUGACACGACAGCGAAAUUCGGCGGCGGUGCGCACGAUGGAGCAGUCAACGGUCUAGCGUGGACGGAGGAUGGGAAAAUGCUUGUUUCAGCGGGUCAUGAUUCGGAACUGCGCGUGUGGGAUGGGAUGACGGGUGCUGACCAACUCAUCACCUUUGGUCACGCAAUUCAAAACUCGCACGUUGGAAACGUCACUCCUAUCCAUGUACCUCGUGCUGUCACAGCGCCCGGAAAGAGGAUCGUCUUAUGGCCGAAUGAGAGGGAAUUGCUCAUGGUCGAGAUAACCGACGGGACGGUUAUAAAGCGUUUGGCGGUUCCAGGCCACUUGAUCGCUGCUGCGAGUGGUCGCUCUCAGCGACGUGCGCCGGGACCGUUGAAAACUCGAAUCACUGCCGCAUCAUAUCGAGGAGGGGGGGCCGUAGAGGUCUAUUCUGGUUAUUCGGACGGCUCGAUCGUGGCCUGGAAACCGAGAACGACCGAAGAAUCCCUAGUGGAGGAUUUGGGGGAAGUGGUUGGGGAGUUUACAGGGCGUGACAGGGACGGCAAAAGAAAGGCUGAUAUUCUCGAUGAUGUGCUGCAGGACAUAUCACUUAAACGUCCACCCAAUCCUUUCUGAUAUUGAGUAUAUUAGGAGAAUGGCACUUAGAUAUGAGAUCUGGUACGGGUUUGAAGUAUUCCUAGAGCCUGAAUCAGGUCGGACUCUUUCAAUGAGACAUCGGAUUCAUUCUAGUAUUCAGGACAUGGUAUGCUCCGUAUUUUACUGUUCAGCCCUACAUUUAUCGAAA